GAUGGGGAAGAAGCGAACCUCGGGCACUGGUGGCGCCGGCGGUGGGGCCGGCGGUGGAGGAGGGUCAUGACAACAUUUCCACCUUUGCUGCGGCCUACGCAUUGGGCAAACAGGAAAGUACAGCGGCGGUCUUUCUAGUGCAGAGGGUACCAACCUUUGUGAAGGAGUCUUUGGUGGCUUUGGAACAGUUGCAACGCGUUUGCGGGAUCUUCCAACACUGUCUCCAGCAGUUUCUUUCCAGUGUCCCCAAGGGCUUUGCAGACUCAGUGCUUCCAGAGAUCCACAAAGCGUUCGAGCUGCGCCACGCAGAUUCAGACCUGCAGAACUUGAUGGAACACUCUGUCCCACCGGCUGACUUGGCAAAAGUCACAGUCUUUGCCAGUCACAUGCAACGGUACCAUCAGGAGGCACCGUUUUUUUCAGAACAAUUGGAAUCAUUCAAUGGGAAUCAUCUAGAACAGUACCAACUUGGACUCACCUCCUGGCGGCAGGCAGAGAAGGAGACCAAGGACAAAGCACAAGAGUUGGCAGCUCGUCUCCUUCAGACGACAUGGGAACAAACCCAGCUACAAAUCCUGGAGGAUAUUGCUAAAUUGCGAGACUGGAGCAGUCGGUUCUUGGUGUUCUCGAAGCAGCAGGCAUCGUUGGACUUCAAGCACCUGAACGACCGAUAUGUUCGAGGAAAAGCUGCCGUUGACGCCUACAUGGAAAGCCACCACCAACUGGUACAUGUGAACAGCUUGGUCAUGGCACAUGGAAACAUUGUAACGAUGCAGCAAUCAUUGCCACAGAAUGCGCUCACCAUUCUUCUGGUCGACGCGACGGUGUGGCCAUCUCGAGCAUUGGCGAUUGAUGAGUGCAUCCAACUAUGCCAGGGCAUCAGCACAGGGAACUCCAGGACUUUUGGGUUCUUUUUACUUCCACAGGCUUGGAAUGCUUCCCACCGCGCCCAAGUCCACAAGAACAAGCGCCUUCUGGAAGACAAGAUUCAAGGGCGCCUUGGCCGGCUUUGGCGCGCGCAAAGCUCACUGUUGGAUGGUCUUGGGUAG